AUGCAAUUCACCAUCCUCACCCUCGCCCUCGCGGCCGCCACCGCCACCGCAACCACCCUCUCCGACUCGCCGGCCCUAAAAGACGCCGCGGCCGGAAAAUGCGACGUCGGGAACAUCUCCUGCUGCAACCCGUCCAACAGCGUCAAGACCGACGGCGUGUUGAAUGGCCUCCUCGGAUGGGGCGUGAUUAGCGGCCUGGUGAAUGAUGAGGGGUCGGCGUGUGCGUCGACGAAUCUUAUUGAUGAGUUGGGGCUGCUGUCCCUGGUCAAAGAUACCCCUGACGGUCCGGUGUGUCAGAAUAUCAUCGCUUGUUGUCCGGGGAAGGAUUCGACUUGUGUCGCGAUCGGCGGUACUGAUGGGUCGGAUUCUGGGUCCAGCAACUAG